GAGAACUGGGACAACCAAUCUCUCUCCCGUUUCAUGCCAAAUCUGUAGCCUACUACAAUCUUCACAGCGAGAUGAAAAGGUUUAGAUAACCGGGCACGCGCGUUUGAAUCGAAUCUCUGAUCUAUAGUGCACCGUCGAUUUAUGUAGUUUCUAUUUAUUAAUACAGUGUGCGAAGUUUUUGUUUGGACCUUUCCAUCUUUGCUGACCAUAACACGAAGGAAGCGGAAAUUAACAGCCCGCUUGCUUUUCCCAGAGCUACUCCGGAGUCGGGAAAAUUGACUGAAAUAGUGAGCCGUAUAACAUGAUUUUACUGUUGUUAAAAUACAGUAGUUUUAUUUAGGUAUCUUUUUCAAAGCGUAAGGGGGAUCGGAUCGGAGAGGGAGACUCUGCACCUCUGUGACUUGGGUUGACAGCACGCAGACCAGGAAGAUCUGUCACUCCACGGACAGCAGGGAAGAGGACAGAAAUUAAAAGAUUGAAUCAGAUCAGUUAGGGGUGUUAUUCUGCAUGUAGAAACACUUCCUUCUGGAGCUGUAUAUCUGUCUUGUGUCCACACAGUCCAUGCCAUGGAGGCAAUAGCUAAAUACGAUUUCAAAGCUACUGCGGAUGAUGAAUUAAGUUUCAAGCGUGGAGAGAUUCUAAAGGUUUUAAAUGAGGAAUGUGACCAGAACUGGUACAAGGCAGAACUCAAUGGAAAAGAAGGAUUCAUCCCUAAAAAUUACAUAGAAAUGAAGCCACACCCCUGGUUUUAUGGGAAGAUUCCCCGUGCAAAAGCAGAAGAAAUGUUAAAUAAACAGAGACACGAUGGAGCUUUUCUCAUUAGGGAGAGUGAGAGUGCACCUGGAGACUUCUCACUGUCUGUCAAGUAUGUAUUUGGGAAUGAUGUCCAGCAUUUCAAAGUCUUACGGGACGGAGCAGGAAAAUACUUCUUGUGGGUGGUCAAAUUUAACUCGUUAAACUCUUUAGUAGAUUAUCAUCGAUCCACUUCUGUGUCCAGGAAUCAGCCCAUUUUCCUCAGGGACAUUGAACAGGUACCACAGCAUUCCACAUAUGUUCAAGCUUUGUUUGACUUUGACCCUCAAGAGGAUGGAGAGCUGGGUUUCAGGCGUGGAGAUUUCAUCCAGGUCCUGGACAACUCGGAUCCUAAUUGGUGGAAGGGGGCUUGUCACGGACAGACAGGAAUGUUUCCUCGCAAUUAUGUCACGCCUGUCAAUCAAAACAUGUAACUUUCAGAGAAAAUGUUUGCCUGCUUAAAGCACUUGUGGACUUCCAGCUGGGUUGCCACGGAAACCACAGAGGGGAGAGAAAAGGCUCAAUUUGUGACAUGGAUGUCGAUUGGCCGAAAAAAAGAGACUGUGCUGUUUGGAGUGGUUGACAUUUUAUGAAGCAAUAUUGGCUGUGUGAGAAGAAUGUUCCGGACUGAUAUUUCGUUCGUGUACUGUGCAUCACAUCAGCUUAGCUUUAUAUGCAACUUUAUUUCAUGUUAUAUGACAUCUGCUGUACUAAAAAAAAAAAAAAAUGUAUGUGAAGGAAAGUCUUAUGCCACAAAUAAGAGGUUGAUAUCACUCAGCACACCACUGUGUUACAGUUUUGCACCAGGAUUCAUUUUAAAGCACCAUGUUAUGUUUUUUUUAUAUUGUUAAAAUGCAUAGUGAGUUUUUCAUUUUUGCUUUUUGUCUUUUGUCAUGUUUUCAUAUGUAGUGUUGCCAUGUUAUUUGGUGUGGGAUGAUCAAGCAUAAUCUCAUGCCAUAGUAAAAUUACAUGUAGUCGUCUUGUUCUCUUAAAGGGACAGUUCACCCAAAAAUGAAAAUUCUUUAUUUACCUACUCU